AUGAAUAAUAUCUUUCCUAAUAAAAAGAAAGAUAAAGUGAUUAGCGUUAAUAAUUAUGAAAACGAGAGUGCAAAUGGUUCAAGUUCGGAGGCUGUUAUUACGUCAAAUGCUAAUCAAUCAACAUAUCAAAGUGAAGGAAAUGAUAAUGAUAUUGGAACUCAGCAAUCUUUAACGACACGACAACAGACAUCACCGAUGCAACCACAAUCUUCACAGUCACACCAUUCAAGUUAUAUGCAAACACCCGGUGUUGCCCUGAUCGAUUUCAUGUUAUUAGAAACUUUAGGAACCGGAACCUUUGGUCGGGUGUUUUUGACCAAAUUUAAACCCACAGAAAAUUAUUAUGCAAUGAAAGUAUUGAAAAAGUAUGAGGUGGUGCGACUCAAGCAAGUCGAACACAUUAACUCUGAAAAGUUAAUUCUUAGUCAAGUGCAUCAUCCGUUCAUUGUGAAUUUGUUUUGCACAUUUCAAGAUGAUCGAAAUUUAUAUAUGCUGCUAGAAUACGUUAUUGGUGGUGAACUUUUCUCCCACCUGCGGAAAGCUGGACGAUUCACUAAUGAUAUGACAAGAUUCUAUGCGGCGGAAAUCGUUCUCGCGAUUGAAUACUUACAUUCUAAAGAUAUUAUCUAUCGAGAUCUUAAACCAGAAAAUCUACUAUUAGAUUCAAGAGGUCAUGUUAAGAUCACGGAUUUUGGAUUUGCGAAAAAAGUCGCUGAUCGUACUUGGACGCUAUGUGGAACACCCGAAUAUCUGGCACCGGAGAUCAUUCAAAGCAAGGGUCACGGAAAGCCCGUAGAUUGGUGGGCUUUAGGGAUCUUAAUAUUCGAAAUGCUUGCGGGAUAUCCACCUUUUUUUGAUGAUAAUCCAUUUGGCAUUUAUGAAAAGAUCCUCGCGGGAAGAAUACAAUUUCCAUCACAUUUUGACGCGAAUGCGAAAGAUCUUAUCAAGCGCCUGUUAACGUCCGAUCGCACAAAACGCCUGGGUAACCUCCGUGGGGGUAGUGAGGAUGUAAAGAAACACAAAUGGUUUCGAGGUGUUGAUUGGCAAGGCUUGUAUGACAGACGGGUUACAGCUCCAAUCGUUCCACCAUAUCAACAUCCAGGCGACACUGGUAAUUUUGAAAAAUAUCCGGAACCUACUGAAGAAACUGGUGAACUUGGUAGACCCACAUCUGGUGUUGAUCC